UCAGAGUGUUCGGUUCGGUGCAUAGCCUGCCAUUGCGUCAGGGACCCUCAGGCUUCUCGCUCCACAUAUUUCAAUUUUCAACUCAGGCUUCGCUCAUCCUCAAUUGCUCACUCCCUUCCCCUGGUCCGAACUGAUCCAUUUUCUCCUUGAAUUCUCAGUUUUGUAUGGAGAAGAUGGGUACUGAUGAUCGCAGUUUAGAAGAAUUUUUCGAAGAGAAGAAGCGCGUCAGAAACCCUCUUGUCCCCAUUGGUGCAUUUAUUACUGCUGGUGUGCUUACGGCUGGCUUAAUCAGUUUCAGACAAGGCAAUUCUCACUUGGGUCAGAAGUUAAUGAGGGCUCGUGUGGUGGUCCAAGGUGCCACAGUGGCCCUUAUGGUUGGCACUGCAUACUAUUAUGGAGAAAAUCCCUGGCGAUCGAGUUAAACUUUGAAUUGUCUUUCCCCUCUGGUUGAUUUUUUUGUCGCGUAAUGUGAGCUUUGGUAAUUGAAGGACCAAAAUCCAUAUUCACAUCUUUUGAAACUUUGUUGAGAUUAACAUUUGCAUACGCAGUUGAAUUGUUAUCAGUGUACUAUGAUAUGUAUAUAUAUAUAUAUAUAUAGUUUAUUCAAUAACACAGCUUUCUUGACAUGCUUGAGCGAACUGGAGGGAAGCAGAAGGGAUUUGGGUCCUACAUAGAUAGGAAAUUGUAAUCUUCAUCGGAGUAUGUGGACUGAUGUGUGUUGCUUUUUACAAAUAGUGCCCUACCAUGUUGUCUAGA